UGCUCUGUUGACGGGGGCCCUUCUCCCCCUUGUCAGCGGGACGCGGGGAGGCGUUUCAAAUAUCAAUUUAGGGGCUAACCAUCUGGCACUAGAUGAUAUACGUCGUGUUGGUUUUCUUGGUCAUCGCGACGGCGCACAACACGGACUCGGUCCGGGGCGCCAAGCCGCUGUCGGUCAGCUCCUUCUUCGCCAUCAUCGCCGUCGCCAUCAUCGCCGUCGCCUUCAGCAAGACGGCCGCGUCGCUGACGCUGCUGCGCCUGACCGUGGCCCGGUGGCAGCGCGUCGUGCUCUGGGUCAACGUCGCCUCAGUCAACAUCGUCAUCUGGAUGUGCGCUGACCGACUCUGCCGGUAAG